AUGAAACGUUACCAAUCUUUAUCGAGAUUCUACGCCACCCUUGGAAAAAACUGGUAAGCAAUUACAUUUCUACAUAUAUUUUAAGACGUGCCAUUGCCCCAUUUUACAUUGAAACCCCUCUGAAAAGAACCUCUGGUUUUUCGUGAAUGGCUGUCUUUAAACCGGUCGAGAUUUGUAACCAGGAGUUACCUUCGUCUGGGUAUCAACUGUAUUUAUUGACUAGAACUGGUUUUACUUUUGAAAAGUCACAUUCCUAGUUAUAGCUUUGUGUUAAAAGCGCACUGAGUCCGGGUUUACCACAACACUAGGCCUAAUGACUCUCGAGGUGACAUAUAUUAUUGAGGUAUCCAUAUUGAGCAAAGCUUUUCGGUCUCUUUGCAAUUCUUAGGUUACAUUUAAGUUGCAUUUCAUAUAAACCAAGAAAAAUGUCACAUGACUCAAGAAUUAAAACUGGACGUUAUUAAGUUUUUGUUUUUAAACACUUUUCCAGCUAUUGCAAAUGUUAAUGAAAACCCUUAUUAUAAUAAAGCAGUGCUCUCAAAAUUUCUUAACUCUUCAACUCCCAUCACUGACUGCCUCUAUGAAUAAUGUGCUCUAAUAAAUUACAUCCUUAUUAACCUGGUUGCCAUUUUAUAAACAUCAAAUUCUUUUAGCCAAAGGUUGGUCAUAUUAAUUUCGUCCAGCUGUAUCUGUUCCUCACAAAGCAUGACAUUUUCCCAUACUUUUUGUGUGCAAUUUUACAGGGUGCUAACAGCUGGUGCAUGGGGAACAGGACUGGGAGUUGUUUUCUUGUACGUAACAGACUGGAAAGUUGUCACCCAAAAGAUUCCUUUUAUUAAGGAUAAAUAUGAUCAUGAAAUUCCUAAAUGA